ACUACUGCGUCUCACACUUAGUCUCCAGGAGUAAUUGAAAAGCUCACAGUGACAAUUGUGUCUUCUUCCAGAUGUCAUCGCUAUAAGGAGUGGGGCUUUCAUCACCUCCCUGACGUAGGAUGUGUACAUGGCUCUCCAGGUCAGAGUUGCUCCAAGCAAGGUUGUUUUGCAGAAGUUUCUUCUAUGUGUCAUUCUGUUCUACACUGUGUACUACGUGUCCCUGAGCAUGGGCUGCGUGAUGUUUGAGGUGCAUGAGUUGAAUGUCCUGGCACCAUUUGAUUUCAAAACAAAUCCCUCAUGGCUCAACAUAAACUAUAAAGUUAUUUUAGUUUCAACAGAGGUCACCUACUUUGUUUGUGGAUUGCUUUUUGUUCCAGUUGUGGAAGAAUGGGUUUGGGAUUAUGCUAUUUCAGUAACUAUUCUUCAUGUUGCCAUCACUUCAACUGUUAUGUUGGAAUUCCCCCUGACAUCAUAUUGGUGGGCUGCUUUAGGUAUAUCAAAAUUGCUUGUUUAGAUUAUCUAAUGCACAGAAAUAAUGUUAAAUAGAAUAACUGUGGAAAUAUAUUUUAUUUUCUCAUAGAUUUUAUAA